AUGAGUUCUGCAAGCAUCGGCCAAGCUCAGUCCAACCGCCCAUCGGGUGAUGCUGUCUAUAUCGAUCGAAAAGAGAGCGAAAUUACCAAUUGCGAUGUCGAAAAACACAAUGGGGACCUUGAUACUGCCACUGCCCAGCUCGAAGAAAUCCAUGCUUUCAAGCAAGGGCUCCAUCAACGGCACAUUCAGAUGAUUGCCCUUGCAGGUACGAUCGGGACAGGACUUUUCUUGAGCUCCGGUCGAGCAAUUGCUACAGCUGGGCCCCUCGGUGCCUUUCUUGCCUAUUCUAUCAUCGGCCUCGCAGUGUCAAGUGUUGUCUUCGCCGUCGGAGAGAUGGGAGCCCUGGUUCCACUCAAUGGCGGAGUCAUUCGAUAUGCGGAAAUAUUCUGUGACCCUGCUCUAGCAUUCGCCAAUGGAUGGAACCAAGUAUACGCCUAUAUUGUCUCGAUACCUUCGGAAAUUGUGGCGGCGGCCAUAAUUAUUGAGUUUUGGGUGACGAUAAACAAUGCUAUCUGGAUCACCAUUUUCGGGAUUUUAAUGCUCGUUACGGCCCUCUUGUUUGUACGGGUAUACGGUGAACUGGAGUUUGGUUUCUCUAUGUUAAAGAUCAUGUUGGUCGUGGGCAUAAACAUCAUGGCCCUAGUGAUCACUUGUGGCGGCGCACCUAAUAACACCGCGAUCGGAUUCACCUAUUGGAAAGUCCCUGGGCCAUUUGUUCAAUACCUCGGGGUUACCGGCUCUCUAGGUCGGUUUCUAGGUUUUUGGAAGGCAUUUGACAACGCUCUCUAUUCUUACUCGGGAAUCGAAAAUAUCACUAUCGCUGCCGCUGAGACUCGAAACCCUCGACGUGCUAUUCCGAUGGCAGCUAAGCGUAUCUUUAUUCGAAUUCUACUCUUCUACGUUCUGACGAUCUUCAUGGUCGGAUUGGUAGUCGCUUCAAAUGACCCUAAUCUACUCGCCGAGACCGACACCGCUUCUCAAUCGCCAUUUGUGAUCGCAGCUCGCAAUGCUGGCAUCAAAGUGGUUCCAUCGAUUAUCAACGCUGUUGUUCUAACGUCAGCCUGGUCUUCGGGUAACUCUAAUAUGCUAGGAGGAUCAAGAAUUCUUUACGGCAUGGCAGCUAAUGGACAUGCGCCCGCUGUCUUUAUGCGGCUUAAUCGCUUCGGCAUUCCUUAUGUGGCUGUUGCGCUCUAUGGUAUAUUCAUGGCUCUGGGCUAUAUGACACUCUCCUCGUCGGCUAGCACUGUAUUUACCUGGAUGCAAGACAUUGUCUCAAUUUCCACGCUGGUGAAUUGGAUCUGCAUCUGCAUCGUUUAUUUGCGUUUUCUAUACGGAUGCCGCAAACAAGGCAUUGAUCGUCAUCAAGAGCUCCCAUGGGCUGCGCCACUGCAACCAUACACAACUUGGGCAUCACUGAUUGUGUUUAUUCUCUUAUUCUUCACGGGUGGGUAUUCCACAUUCAUGAAGAAUAAUUGGAGCACGGAAACGUUCAUUUCGUCCUAUCUCAACUUACCGCUUAUUGUUUUCGUAUAUGUUGGAUUCAAGGUCUACAUGAAGACCAAGAUACUGCCAUUGGAUCAAAUACCAAUCCGGCCCUUCAUUGAGAAAUAUCAGCAAGAUCCUGACAUCGAGGAGCCUAAAGUCAAUGUUGGAUGGCGACGAAUCAAUAUUUUAUGGUCUUGA